UCAGUUUCAAUCGGCAUUCCACUUCUUGUGCCUUUACACUUACGCUCAGAUAUACCUCGGACUUUCGAAUCUUCUGUCGUUGUGGCUUUUUCGUGCACCCCCAUCAACCGCCUUGCCACAUCCUCAGGAACUUUUUCAUCUGACCCCCACCGCAUCUCCCGGGUUUCGCGCCCCCGCGCCUCACGACUUCCAACGCGAUUUUAUUAAUACUCGAGCGCUCUCUCCACAACUGAAGACACCCCGUCAUUUCCCCUGGCCAACAUGGCGGGUGGCGAUGGUUCCGAAGCAGAGCCAUCAGGGCUUGUCAAUACACUUCAAGGGCAUGUGGAUGACAUCCGAGCCCGCUUGCAAUGUGGAAUCUGUAUCAGACCCCUCUACGAGCCCUUUAGCCUGGCCUGCGGACACACCUUCUGUUACACCUGCCUUACACAAUGGUUCAGUGGCGGAAGAUCGAAGCGAACCUGUCCGGAUUGCCGGGCCCCCGUCAAGUCUCAGCCUGCGCCGGCUUAUCUGAUUCGAGAGAUUGUACACAUGUUCACGAGUCGAGCAGAGUUAUUGGAUAAGGGGGAAACUACCCACGAGCAUUUAACCAACCGGUCUGCAGAAUCGGAGAAACUGGACCAAGACAAAGCAAACACACACCCACAGACCGGCGGCCUGUUCGGAGGACUCUUUAAGCCCAAAGCUCCUGCAUUGAAACCCCUUGUUGAUGUGGAUGAUGGAGUAAUGCGAUGUCCACACUGCCAGUGGGAGCUUGAAGAAGAUGCAUGUGGGGGGUGUGGAUGGGUCUAUCGACCGGAUGAAGACAGAACCGACUACACUGAAUCCGAUGACGAUGACUACGAUGACGAGACCGAUUAUGACUCGAUGUUUGAUGGAGAAGAUCCCGAAGACGACGAAUUUGGGGGCAUUGAUGAUGAUGAUAGUGCUUGGGGGGCUUACGGCGCUUACGGCACACCAUUCCUUUUCGCGGAGAGAGAAUCAGCUGCUGCUAUCUUUGGUCCUCUCGCCCAUGCUUUGGGAGAUCAUGUCUACCACCCGCAGGCUUGGGGACCUGGUCCCGGACAUCACCAGGUUUAUUACGAUGACGAGGAGGAAGAAGAUGAGGAGGAAGAUGACUACGACGAGAUGGACUCGUUUAUUGAUGACGAGGAGCGUCAGAACGGCGUGCAAUACGACUCCGAUCAUUCAACCGUUGUCGGCGGCAACGUCCCUAUGAGCCGUGCUUCUCCAACUCGGAGGCAAGGACGACCCGUCGUGAAUCUCGACUCCUCGGAUGUUGAAUCAAGCGACCCCGAGGAAGGUGACACUGGUGGUGUGGCGUUUAGCGAAGGUUGGAAUGCUCAUCCCACUGAAGAAGGGCCAUCGAGUAGCUCUCAAUCUCAAUAUCAUGACACACGCUCGUCUCCAGUGGCGUCCUCUCUCGUUGAUGAUGAAGCGUCAGAAGACGAAGACGACGAUUCUGACGAAGACGAGGACGAGGAUGGGCAUGACAAUGACGAUUCGGACGAUGAUGAUGAGGAGGAAGAAGAACCUCUUGUCAGCCGUGCGCGUUACCACCAGCGACUCGAAGUGCCUGCAUCGAGUGAUGGGAGUGAAGUAACAGAGAGCCCAUCGCCAAGGCUUAUGAGGCCUCCCAGGCACACGGGGUCUUCGGCCCACAACGCAAUCACCAUCGCCGACUCUGAUGAAGAGCAACCCGUUGGUCCUGUACGACGAGCGGCCCAAAGGCGGCGCGCGCGGUUCUCCCCUUACUGA